UUCGUCAGUUUUGAUUUCAGAGAAAUUAUUACAGAAAGAAAUUUUAUUAAGAGGGAAAAUAGAAGAAGAAUCACCGAGCAAGAUGUGUGCAGUGGCGCUACCGAACUCACCGGUUUUUUCACCGUCAAUGUUUUGCAAUCCGUCAGUUUCAUGUUCAUCAUCAUCUCCGAGGAUCCGUGGUCCGCCGUCUGUUACAACGCCUCAAUCGCCUUCACCGCCGUCAACAUUUUCGCCCCCGUCACCCUUAUCUUUACGGAUUCAAAGACACGUGAGUGGUGUGAACGACGGUGUUUGUGGUUCCGUGUUGAAGAGGAAGAGGCCGGCUAGGUUAGAUAUCCCGUUCGAAGGGUUGAGUGGCUUUGGAUUGAAAAUGACGCAACGUCGAGAUGAGAAAGUGGAUGACGUACAAGUUGAGAAAGAUGGCUACUCCGUUUAUUGUAAAAGGGGAAGGAGAGGUUACGCCAUGGAGGAUCGGUACUCUGCUUUCGUUGGCCUUAACGGGGAUCAUAAACAGGCUUUGUUUGGUGUUUUUGAUGGGCAUGGAGGACCAAAAGCGGCUGAAUUUGCGGCAAAGAAUUUGGAUAAAAACAUAAGGGCAGAAGUGUGUUCGAGUAAACGAGAAGAAGAAGGCAUUGAUAGAGCAAUUAGGAAUGGAUAUUUGACCACAGACACUGAGUUUCUGAAGGAAAAUCAUGGCGGUGGCACAUGCUGUGUUACUGCAUUGAUCCAAAAGGGCGAUCUUGUUGUCUCAAAUGUUGGUGAUUGUCGUGCUGUUUUGAGCCGAGGAGGAGUUGCUGAGGCUCUCACUUCUGAUCACCAGCCUUCGAGAAAAGAUGAAAGAGAGAGAAUCGAAGCUCAGGGUGGUUAUGUGGAUUGUUAUCAUGGAGUUUGGAGAAUUCAGGGUUCUCUGGCUGUGUCAAGAGGAAUUGGAGAUAGACAUUUUAAACGAUGGAUUAUAGCUGAACCCGAAACCAAAGCUUUAAGAAUUAAGCCAGAUUGCGAGUUUUUAAUCUUAGCCUCUGAUGGUCUUUGGGAUAAGGUUUCUAAUCAGGAGGCAGUAGAUUUAGUACGCCCAUUUGUUGUAGGAGUAGAGAAGCCAGAAUUGUCUUCUGCUUGUAAAAAGUUAGCUGAAUUGUCAUUAAGGAGAGGCUCCAUGGAUGAUAUAAGUGUAAUGAUAGUCCAAUUGGGCCAUUUUCUUCUGUGAUUUUUUAUAUUAAGAUAGAAAAUAAAUGAAGAUAGGGGAUCUUUACUUCCUUCUCCUGCAAGUAUUUAUUGAAGAAAGUUGCAGUUGAAGAAGUUAAGAAUGCCAGAUUUUCCUUCAAUUAGGUAGCUAGAUCACAAUUCUAAGUUAGUUUCUCCAUUUUAAGGAGCAAAUAAUAACGCAGUUUCUCAAGACUAACCUCGUAAUCAGAUUUUUUAUAUUUCAAGAAGAAUGGAGAUUCCUUGCCACAAAUUUGCCUGUUGUGUUGGCUUGUGAUCUUCUCUUCAUUACUUUCUUUUAGUUGUUACGCAUAGUUGACCUGUAAAAUUUAAUGGAGAAUGAGAAUCAGCUCUGGCCCUUUACUGUAAAAGAACAAGGGGAGCUGAGAUUGACGGCCAGUGUCCAACGAGCUUUUGGCACUUUGUUUUGUGGUUGGAACAGGUCAGUCAUGUUAGCAAGAGCUGGCAGAAUUUCAUAUAUAUAUAUGUAUAUAUAUUGAUUGCAAACAAGCUAUUACAAUAGUUGAUUUAUAUAUCUAGUUUCCUUGUGUUGUGAAAUGUCAAUUCUUCUUUGUUUUUCCUCCA